CACAACAGCCGUGAGUAGCUCGAGUAGAACUGUUGACCGGCGGCAGCGGGAGGGGGGGGGGAGCAGGAUAUCCACAGCCGAUUCGUUGAUAGAACAAUUCUAUUUACGUUGCAGCACUUUACAACAUCCUAACGCGGGGGCGAGGGACAGGAACUGGUCGCAGUGCGAUAACCCCCCUCCAGCCUUUGGGAUAUGGCCAGGCCGGAACAGGUUCUGCUCUUGGAGCCUCAGCACGAACUGAAAUUCAGAGGUCCAUUCUCAGACGUGGUCACCACAUAUCUCAAGCUCUCCAACCCCACAGACCGGAAUGUGUGCUUCAAGGUGAAGACGACAGCGCCGCGCCGCUACUGCGUGCGGCCCAACAGCGGGAUCAUCGACGCGGGGACCUCGAUCAAUGUCUCCGUUAUGCUGCAGCCAUUCGACUAUGACCCCAAUGAGAAGAGCAAACACAAGUUCAUGGUCCAGUCUGUGCUAGCGCCUCCUGACAUGACCGACAUGGAGGGAGUGUGGAAGGAGGCAAAGCCAGACGAGCUGAUGGACUCUAAGCUCAGGUGUGCUUUUGAAAUGCCGGUGGAGAACGAGAAAACGCAUGACGCGGAGUCCAACAAGAUGUCGUCCGGCUUGCUGAAGUCAGAGUCCUCCACGCUGCCUCCAAAGUCGAUGAGCUCCACCCUCGAUGACGGCGAGGUAAAGAAGAUCAUGGAGGAGUGCAAGAGGCUGCAGAUGGAGGCUCAGAGGCUACGGGAAGAAAACAAACAGAUCAGGGAGGACGAUGGUAUGCGGAUGAGGAAGAGCAACGUGAUGUCACCUCAGCACUCCUCACUCGGCAUGAAGAAAGAUGAGGGGUGGAGCGUCCGCACGAUGGCCCUCAUCGUGCUCUUCUUCGUGGUGGGCGUCAUCGUGGGCAAGUUGGUGUUGUAGACGGCAGCGCAGUCCGGUGGUGCCGCAGCAUGCUUUUGGGGGGGUUGAGAACGAGCACGGGGUCAGGGAUGCCAUAUCCGCCGGGUGAGAGGGCUGGUACUAGUUUUGAUUCAGUCUCAUUAAUGAAAAAAACAAAACAAAAAACAAUGGUAAUGUAUGAGGAGAUGAAAGAGAAAAAAAAGAAUUAAUUCAUCAUUACUGGUCUUGUUCUACUUAAUCACCACAUAAUAAUUCUGGCCCUUUUUCCCCAAAGUUUCAUGUGCCCAGAUUACUGGAGGGUGGGGGGUGUUAACGGAAACUCAAUUUAAAGCCAGUGAUCCAGACCAAUUAUAUAACACCGGCGGUAAUGUAGUGUUGGUGCGACAGAGUCAGUUUGCAAUCCUGUCAACUUCAUUUUACUGUAUUGUUUCUUUUUCUAAGCCUACGCUCAGGUAUACGUAAUACAUGAGCGUAGCCUGCCCCCGCCCGCACAGGCACACGCACACACACGUACACAGUAUAACCAGGUGUUCCUUCCAGUUAAACUCCCUUUAAGGAAGGAAUUUACCACAGUUAUAAUCCACACAGGGCCACCAAGCUGAUUGACGUUGUAGGCUUUGUAAAAAUCAUAUUGUCUCUGAUCGUAGAACAACCUUGAUCAGUGUAUGAAACACUACACCGUAUGUUUUUUCUUUCCUUGUGUUGUUUUUAUUUUCACUCUUACCUUUUUCACCUGUCACCUGUCACUCAGUGCUCACCGCGUCCCCAGUUGUCAGAGAGGGGAAUGUUUGAUUGCAUGCGUUCACACACACACACACACACACACACACACAAACACACACACGGAUGGUUUGAAUCUAAUUUAAUGCGAUUAUAUUGGCAAUAAUAUUAUGUCAUUUGGCUGUAGGUUUGCCCAACUACAUCUUCAGUUUUCUUUCUCUAUUGUUGCAUUUCAAUGAUUUGAAGUCAUAUUUUUCUAUUCGAGGGUUGAAGCAUUUAGGAAUAAAAGAAACCGGCUCCAGAUUUGUAGGAUUAGAUCAUUUCUGUAAAUGUUAUCCAGAUGAAAAGCUGGCCUUGUGAACUACACACAAACCGCUUUAUAUCCUGAAGGGGACCACACGAUGACAUUGUACUGUUCCAGAGCUGAUGGUUAUUCUUUUGGUCUGAAAUAAAUAAAAACAUUGUUUCAUCUCCAAAUUUGCAUGAGGGGUAAAAUAGCAGCGUAGAGAAUCCGAAUCAGAGCCAUUUAAUCGUUCUCGUUAUUAUUCUGCUUUGCAAUAUUUGAAGGAAAAUGAGCAGAUUUGUAUCCCACUAUAUCGACAUAAGAUGCAGGAGUGCAUUAUCCAUUGUUACACCGCAAGAAACAUCUUAGUUCCAACACCGCUUCAUGUUCAGUGGAGGGGAAGAUGAAGGACAUGACUGGGGGGGGCGAGAUAUUAAAAUAUACAUGAGCUUGUGUUUCUACUGUAUCUCUGUAAAGUGGUUGAUUGAGGAUGACUUGCUGCUUAGGGUGAGAACUGACCUUCAGUCCACGCUGGGGUCAUCAGACCGGGGUCAUGUAGUGCUGCCAGGAGGUUGUUCUUGUCCCAUGAGUCCUGAUUGGCGUAUCAGAGACUUUUUACAUGAAAGAAUAUUCCAAAGUAUCAGAACAUACUGAUUAUUAAUUCACCACAGUCCUAAUGUGGUACUCCAAGCAGGCUCAAACAAACCAUAGCAAUUACAUUGGAAUACUAAUCGAUUCAGGCCUAGUUAUAAAACACACUACACUGACCAUCACCGUGAUCUAUGUAAGCAGUCUGCAAACUGUUUUGUAUGUAUAUAAAUAAAUAAAUACGUCUAUCUGAGAAGAAUAUUAAUAUUCCUAGUUCAAGUAGUCUCUCUGGUGUAUAAAAACAACCCAACCUGGUUGGACUAUGUAGCAUCUUAAUAAAUUAAAUGAAUAAAGCCCCUACCAAACUG